UUGUAAAUUAAGAAGAUGUGAGAAGUUUUGAGGUCGUGUGGCAACCGUGUUUUAAAAAAAUUAGUAUUCAAAUUGUAGGCCUGUUGAAAAAAAAGAUUGAGUUUGUAAAAACAAACAAACUGAUGAUGCAAUAGCUAUGUUAUCUCACAAAAGUGGGUGUUAACAUAAAAAUAGAAUAAUGACAGCUGCGUCAUACAGUUUAUUUGGAAAUGCUUAUUUGGAUAUGUACUUCACUUUGGAACAUCAAACUAAGUACAAAACAGACAAACUUUCUUUCUUCAGUAAGAAUCUUAUAAACAUCAACAGUGUUAAAACUUCAAAAACUGUGAUUUUUAUUUGUCUUGAAAUCUAUCAAAACAUCUCAGUGAUUUGUUUGUUUACCACAUAAAAAUAAACAAACCUAAAGUCGAAUGGAUUUUCCGUUGUGCGUGGAAAAUACAAUGAGAAGUCAUCGCUAAAGAUCAAAAGAGAGAAAAAGAAACUCUGACUCAUGCACUUGUAAAAAAAAUUAUAUUAUUGAGAUGUGUAACAUGCUAAAAUAAUUUUUUUAAUCUCAAGAUAAAAAUAACAGAACAGUAAAAGGAUUAUAAACUCAGAAACAAAAGAUAUUCUGGAGAGCAAACAAAAGUGAAAUUGAUUGGAAAAGCUUUAUUAAAUAACAAAAACAACAACAAUAUAAUGGAGAGCACUAUGAAGUCAACAGAGAGUGUCGUUAAAUUGCGACACAAAAGAAGGAAUAUUGAAGUGAGAGUAGAGGAAGACAAUAAACAAGAAGACAAAAACAACAUGGCAUCCGAUAUGGAAAGUAAACACGAUGGAUUCUACUUAAAAAAGCUUGUCAAUGAACCUCCCAUUGUUGGUUCAUAUUCGCCUAUGAAUCAGCGGUAUCGCCAAAGACAAUCGCAAAAUUUAGAACCGUUAAAAAUUCCAUUAUUAAGCUUAAGGGGUCGAAGACAGAGUUUGCCAACUGAUACGGCAGUCUUAAAACAACAUCCAAGUAUGGCAGCCGAAAACUUUUUGUCCACAAUUGAUGCCUUUAGCUGUCCUGGAAGCCCACAACGUCGCUCAAUGAUUUUCUCGCCAAUUCUAACUCCAGCUGGGUCAGUGAGUUCAUUAGUCUCAAGUUUGGGAGAUUCAAGAACUAACUUAAACCGCUUCGAAGAGGAAGAAAAGCAAGAAGCUAUAUUUUCUAAAAUUAACAAUUUUUUACAAAGUUUAGAGGACGCAGACUACAUCAAACAACAUACUGAAGAUGCAUGCAAUAGAAUGCCUGCAGAUAUAUCAGAUGACCUAUAUCCAUAUCAGGAGCAGCUCAAAUCAUUCCAUAAAGAAUAACAAAACACAAACAAAUCUAUGUAAUAAAUGAACUUGUUAUUUGUCAGGUAUACGAGUUACUUUGUAGGUUAUAUAUUCUUAAAUUUUCAGAUAUUAUUUUGGAUUUUUGUACCAACUAACAAUGUAUGUAUAUAGAACGAUGUAUUUAGUUAUUCAAGCAGUUGCCAUAUUUUGUUUAAAGAGCAUUCUCUUCAAUAAAA